AUGCAGAUAUUUAGACAGCUUACACUUGCGCUUUCCGGUCUUUCGAUAAAUAGCAAAUGGACUCCAGUUUCUCAUAGUGUCCACAAGGAGAUCGGGAACCAAGAACCUUUGCCGUCUAAGCCGGAAGCCAUAGUACUAUGGCACGGAUUGGGCGAUAACUACAACACAACAUCAAUGGGCCGGAUCAAAGAACUCAUUGAGAAUACUUUGCCCGACACUUUUGUUCACUCUGUGUACAUUGAUGAAGAUCCUGCUCUUGAUGAAAGAAGAUCCAUAUUUGGAGAUGCCAAUAGCGAGUUAGCGAUAGCAUGCGAGCAGCUUCUGCAAAUUCCUGAAUUGAGCAACGGCUUUGCUGGAAUUGGAUUUUCUCAGGGUGGUUUGUUCAUGAGAGCUCUUAUUGAAAAAUGUCCGAAUAUCUCCGUUUCCACGUUAAUCACUUUUGGCUCACCUCAUUUGGGAGUUCUGGAACUUCCUCUCUGUCCCAAAGACGAUGACUGGUUAUGCAAGAGAAGAAACGCUUUCUUGAAGAGCCAGGUAUGGCUUCCGCUGGUUCAGAAAACGGUGAUCCCCGCUCAAUACUUCAGAGACCCUGCGCAGUAUUCCUCUUAUACGAAAUACUCCCAUUUCUUAGCAAAUAUCAAUAACGAAAGGCCAGAAGAGAUCGAUGAAGAUGCCAAAGAGCGGUUUUCGCAAAUCGGAAGACUCGUGCUUAUCAAGUUUACUAAAGAUACUACGCUAGUACCAAAGGAGAGUGCAUUCUUUGAAGAGGUGGACCCACAUACAGGAAGAACAGUUCCCUUUCCUAAGACCCAGCUUUUCCAGGACGAUCUCAUUGGUUUACGGAAACUCUUCAUAGAAGACAAAGUCAGUUUUUAUGACAUUGAUGACGAGCACAUGCGUUUUCUGGAUGACUUUUUCGUUGAUAUUCUACAUGAGUAUUUUGGUGCACCUUAA